AGAGCUUAAUACUUUUCUUCACAUCCAACACUCACUUGGGAAGAUGGUCUAUUUUGACACCCCACAGUUGAGAGGUUAUGUGAUUAUAAGUCCGCUACUUCUGGUGGAAGUUAUGCGAUCUUUUGUUACAGAUAUUGCCUUUUGGCCAAAGAAAGGUCUCAUUAGAAAUACUUUUGAAAGGAUGUCAGAGAGUGGAAUAAUACAAAGAAAAGAUCUUUAUCUUAUUUGGGAACAGAAGCACUUCAGUAAAAUAUCACCCUACAAAGAGUUCAUAUUUGAUAUGCUCAUCCACCUUGAUAUUCUAUCAGAGCAGCGUAGAUAUGAUAUUUCUACAGGAAGUCGGUUACCAGUGGAAAACUUCUUUGUUCCCUGUAUGCUCACUCAAAGAAAUGACACAAGAUGUAUGACCCAUGAAUGCACACCAGAGAAAGCAAUAAGUCUAGCUUUUGUUUUCAAAGGGACAAUAAUACCACCAGCCUUACCGAAUCGUCUCAUUAGCGCAUGUCUCAGUAUGUGGACCGUAAAGACGUAUGAAGGAAAACAACUCCUGUUUUCAGGAUUCGUUGGUUUAUCAUUCGAUAAAGCACAUGAUAUUGUAGUAUGUGUUGAAGGUAACAAGAUUUUGCUCUACAUAGUCCAUGCAACCUCCAAUGGACUGAUCGUACCAGAUAUUGCCACUGGAAUCAAGGAAUGCAUGUAUACAACACUAGAGAGAAUCUCAGAGUUCUAUAAGUCCACAGUCUCCUCCAGCAGCCAAAAACUACCCUUCCACAUUGAAUAUGCAUGCUCCAGGUUAGAAUGCCAUAUAAAUGAAGAGGCAGCAUUCACAACUGAUGAAUGGAUUUGUGAUAAACAUGAGAUUGUACAUACCAAAGACAAGUGGAAUAUUUGGAAUCAAGAUCAGGCAAAAGAAGAAUGUGAAAUAAACUGUCAAGGUUUACAAGAAGACGCCUUGAAUCAGAUUCCAAGUGAUAUUGAACUUCAACGAUUUUCAUCACGAUGUGAGGAAACCGUAAUACGAGAGUUGGCUAUACAUCUUGGUAUUACUUUGCACGAAUGGGAAAAACUCAGAUCUGAUUAUGAAUUUGUCGACAUUGUUAAGUAUAGAGCACUGGUGACCUGGAGAGAAAAGUAUUCCGGAAGAUUCAGUAACAUAGCAAAAGCUUUACAAGAUAUGGAUUUGACUACCCACACACUGUGUCAGGUAAAAAGAAUCAGAAAAGGUCAUUGUGUUAUCAAUGAAGAAUACAUGGAUUUAAUUCCAACAGAUGAAAUACUAGAUAAACUGGCACAAGUAAUAGGUGUAGUAUCCUUCCAACUGGGUUUAGAAUUAGGAUUACCUAUAACAUCAAUAGAUAUUAUACAGUAUAACAAUGGUCGGGAUUUAGUGGCACAAUGUAAAGAUAUAUUAUUUCAAUGGAGAGAAGAACAAAGAGUCCGGCCAACUAUACGUGUUCUGGUCCAAGCUCUUGUAAAUGUUGAUAGAGGUGCUAAAUGUUUGGAGGAAAUCAUUAAAACAGUUGGUGUGAAGAAAUACACCCUACACGAGGAAGUUGAAGAGAAGAAGGAAGGAAAAAUUAAAACACUCCUGAAAAACCUGAAUCCUUUCCAGAAGAAGAAAUAAGAUCGAUGUUACAGUUAGUAUUUUUUAUUGUAACCAAGUUGUUAUACCAUCUAGGCUGUGUGUUAAUUUUGGGUAACAGUUUGUUAUAGUGCCUGGUGUGGUUUUCAUGUUAUUAAUAGCAAAUUAUUUAAAAACAAGAGCAAAAAACAAACUCCAAACAAAUACAACUUGGAAAUAUCUAAACAAAAUGUUGAUGACUCUAUUACAUUGUAACUAGUGAUUCAAAGAGUAUAUCCAUGCAAUCUUGUCUUAAUAUACAAUCCCUUUAAUAUACCUUUAACUGUAGUGUUGUGU